AUGGAGAGAGGUCUCGUCGUUGGAAUUUGUUGGACCUUACUCGGUUCGACAUUGGUGAAUGGAGCAUUUCAGUUGCAAAAUGUGGUUUGCGAGACUUUGGACACCUCGGUCUCGGAAUUCACCCGCUGCGAGAUGAAGAUUAUUCGACGCGGAGUGGCUGCCUUCUACAUGGACUGGAAACUGAACAAAGUGCCAAUCAACAACGUGGACAUCAAUGUGGCGCUGUACAAGAAAUCAAACGGAUAUCGCCCAUAUCUCUUCAAUCAGUCCUUGGAUUUCUGCUACUACAUGCGAAAACCCCAAGCGCAUCCAUUAAUUCAUAUGUUGCACAGGGUUUUUUUACCCGCAUCCAACAUAAACCACUCCUGCCCCUAUGAUCACGAUUUGAAAAUAAAAGAUCUGGUCUACACCAAGAACGAUUUGAAAGAUCUCCCCAUACCCAAUGGGGAGUAUAUGAUACAACUGAAAGUGGCAACUGAAAAAGCCUAUUGCGCUUCAAUAAAGAUUUACGUAAGAAGAUCCGAUUAA